UAAAAAUAAAUCAAAAUUAAAAAUAAAAAAUCACAGAAAAGCUGUACAAAAUCACCCCCUGCCCCAUUUCUAUCUUUAGCGAUCUUGGUCUACUCCCUUGCAAGUUGGGGAUUCCUUAGCCAAUUGGACGCAUACACGUAUUAAGACAUUCAGCAUUGGUUAACUUUCGGAUUUCAGCAAACACUUACUGCUGUUGGAGAAGCUUUUAACCAAUCUUGGUGUAAAUUAAUGAAGUUUCUGGGCUGGUAUGUCAAGAUUGCCGUUGUAUCCGCAGCUAUUGGAGGAUCUAUGGAGUAUUUCAUGAUCAAAACCGGUUUCUAUGACAAAGUGACGGCUCUUGAGUCAGAGAAGAUGGCAUGGGAGAAUUCACCAGAAGCUCAGGCCAUGAGAGAAGCUCUCAACCCUUGGAGAAACACUGAUGCAAAUGCAAAGAAAUCUUCCUAAUAUUUCUCACCAUAUUGGUAAUAAAGUGAUUUACAUGGGAUACUGAUCUUCUAUGCUAUGAGUUGUCGGUUGUUUUUUUAAAAAAACUAAACAAAAAUAUAAGGAUGCAAGUGGUAGAUUUUGCACUAGGUGAGCUAUAUUUUAUUACAAAUCUGAAUAGUUUGGUCUAAGUUAUGAUAGAUUUGCAAUUACAGAUUUAUACUUUUGCAUUCUGUUUC